AGAGAGAGGGAGGAGAGAGGAUGGUGAUGAGGAUGAGGAUGAGGAGCGGCUCUUCUUCUCUUGAUGUUAUCUCACCUCUCCUGUGAAGCUGUGGAGCUUUUCAUCCUGUUUAUUUAGCUGCUGUUUGUGUGUGUGUGUUUUUUUUUUUUUUUUUUACAUUUUCAAUAUUCCUCCUGUUUGCUGACUACUGCUGUUACAUCCACCACCACCAUCUGCAGCCAUGUCGGACUCUGAGGACAUGACGGAGUUCGCCAGCAUCGUGGAGCGGAUCGAGCGAGGCGAGGUCCCGAUCAAGAACAUCGAGAGGGAGCUGAUCUGCCCGAUAUGUAAGGAGCUCUUCACCCACCCGUUGAUCCUGCCCUGCCAGCACAGCGUCUGCCACAAGUGUGUCAGAGAGCUGCUAAUGCUGAACCAUGACGACUCUUUUGAUGCCGGCUCCGAGUGCUCCAUGCCGGGCAGCCCCAGGUCCAGGGUGCCCUCUCCUUCCAUGGAGAGGCUGGACAGGCUUGUGAGAUCAGGUGGGUCUCGGGGCUCCAUCUCGUCACCGGGAUGGCGCAGAGGCUCUGUGACUCCCCGGGUCACCACCAUCCCAUGCCCGGGCUGCCAGCAUGACAUCGACCUCGGCGAGCGAGGCAUCAGCAUGCUAUUCCGUAACUUCACCCUGGAGAACAUCGUCGAGCGCUACCGCCAGGCCGCCCGCGCAGCCAUCGCGAUCAUGUGUAACAUCUGUAAGCCACCACAGCUGCAGGAGGCUACAAAGAGCUGCAUGGACUGCAAGGCCAGCUACUGUAAUGAGUGCUUCAAGCUGCACCACCCCUGGGGCACACCCAAAGCUCAGCACGAGUAUGUUGGGCCCACCACGAAUUUUAGGCCCAAGGUGCUCAUGUGUCCAGAGCACGAGAUGGAGAAGGUGAACAUGUACUGUGAGGUCUGCCGACGACCCGUGUGUCACCUCUGCAAACUGGGAGGAUCCCACGCCAACCACAAAGUCACCUCCAUGAGCAGUGCCUACAAGAUCCUCAAGGAAAAGCUGGCCAAGAGUAUCCAUUACCUCAUCAGCAAAGAGGACCAGGUCAGGACUCAGAUUACUGAUAUAGAGCAGCUCAUCAAUCAGACCGAGGAAAAUGGCCAGCUAGCAGAGCGUCGAGCCAACGAGCACUUUGAGCAACUGUUUGAGACUCUGCAGGAGAGGAAGUCAGAGAUGCUGAAGUCCAUCGAACAGUCGCGAAACCGACGCCUGGACCUACUCAAGACUCAGGUGGAGGAGUACCAGGGCAUGCUGGAGAACAGUGGUCUAGUGGGCUACGCUCAGGAGGUGCUGAAAGAGACGGAUCAGUCCUGCUUUGUACAGACUGCAAAGCAGCUGCAUAUCAGGAUCCAGAGGGCCACAGAGUCUCUGAGGACCUUUCACCCGGCAUCUGACCCCUGCUUUGAUGAGUUUGUGCUGGACACAUCCAAAGAAGAAACUCUGCUCAAAGAGAUGUGCUUUGGUGGAGUUCCAGACCCUCCUCUGAUCGACUUGUCCAAUAGCAGAGUCUAUAACGAGGCCUCGAUCUGCUGGAGGCUGUCUGAUGACCACCUACCUACAGAUCACCACGUGCUUGAAUACCGCAGACUCGGGGGCCCGAGCCAAUCCCCGUCCCAGGAGGACGGUGAGGACAGCGGGGUCUGGAGGGCUACAGACAGGGUGUAUGGUCCCAACACUGUGGUGUGUGACCUGGACCCCGACAGCCUGUACUCCUUCAGGGUCCGAAGCUGCAGGAACUCCAUGUUCAGCCCCCACAGCCCCGAAGUCACCUUCCACACUCCACCGGCACCCGCCUUUGGUUUCCUGUUCAGCGACAAGUGUGGCUUCAGUACGGAGCGGCUGAUUCUAAACAAGCGACGGGACACAGUGGAGAGCGUAGCAAGCAUGGCCUUCCUCCUUGCAGCAGAACGAGUGCAGACGGGCAGCUACAUCGGACUGGACUACAUAAUUGGGGACACGGGCAUCACUCAGGGAAGACACUAUUGGGCCUUCAAGGUGGAGUCGUUCUCCUACAUGGUUAAAGUUGGAGUGGCCUCUGACUCAAAGCUGAUGGAAUGGUUUCACAAUCCCAGAGAUACCAGCAGCCCGAGGUACGACCAUGAUAGUGGGCAUGACAGCGGCAGUGAAGACACCUGCUAUGAGCUCUCCCAGCCCUUCACCCUCCUCACCCUGGGCAUGGGCAAACUCUUCAUCCCCAAGGCGCCUUCAUCCUCCUCCAUCUCCACGGCGAGCGCAUCGUCCGGUGACCCUGGCAACCGCGUGCUUCCCAUGCCACAGCGCUUGGGCGUAUGCCUAGAUUACGACGCGUGCCGGGUGUAUUUCUACGAUGCCGACACCAUGAGGUGCCUUUACGAGAGGCAGGUGGAUUGUUCGGGAACAAUGUAUCCAGCGUUUGGGCUCAUGGGCAGCGCCAAGGUCCAACUGGAGGAGUUCCUCACCGCUAAGAGACUGACCUUCUGAUGAGGGACGGAGCAUGCUGAUGCUUUAGGACCUGCGUCUGUUUAAUCUUUGGCAUGUUCUGGCUGGGAAGAGCAGAUUUUAUUAACAGGGUGAUGGAGUACAAUCCAAAUAGUUUUUUCUGAAGGUCAGAUGAGGCAGAUGUGACCAGGGCCUUUUGGUCCUAAAUGUGAAAAUGGGAUCUCUAUUUAGAGUUGGCAUGUAUAAUGUAUGAGCCAUACACAAAGAGUAUGACGCUGUAUAUUAGUGUCCACAUACAAAGGUCUCCAGAGGUUGGUAUGUGAAAGGUCUUCUCUGCAUACCAAAGUCUCUGUAUCUGUUAAUUGUACUUGCCAGCUGUGAUCAGAUAGUGGAAUUGGCUGCAAUAGUCUGCAGCUACUUUAAAUCUUUAUUUUAACAUGAAACGCCUUUGAGCUUACACUUACACUUCCUCUUUUGCCAGGUAUAUGUUUAUAGAUUAUGUUGUGUGUGUAUCAAUUAUUGGGUGCUCUUUGUUUCUUUGGCUGUAACUAUUUGUCUAAAUGUAGCAGCAUAGGUUUAGAUGUAAUCUUGGUGGACCUGAGAGCCUUGUAGCUACUAUAAAGCUAGCGCCUUUGUGCCUUUUUUUUUAUUAGGAAAUGGGUCCCUUUAGUUUGCGGGCAGAUGUUGGUGUUAUUGCACAAGCAUAAUGGAAAUACUUAGCAUAAAUACUGUAUGAGUUUUUACUGUAGGUAGUUUAUCACGGACACUGGUGUCAAAGUUAUAACAGUUAAUAUUCAUUAUACUCUCGACUUCAUCACAGAAAACACUACUUUUCCUCCAUGUCACAGUUACGUUGAGCUGUUUUUGCACAAUAUGAUGAAUGAAGCCUCGCACAUGAUAAACUUAACAAUCAUCACGUUUUGAUCACUACCUAGUUAGGUUCUUCACUUUAAACGUUGUAGACAUAAUCGGCACAUUGAUGUCUCACAGUUCACCUUUUUACAAGCAUAAACGUUUAAUCCUGGAGUAGUUACUUGGAUUUUAAAAGCCUCUCACUGUUUGCACAGCACUGAAUGUGACUCUUAACACCAUAAAACCAGCCGGGUACCAGAACACCGUGUACUUGUAGUCAACGUCAGUCUGGCAGCCGCAAAGUCACUAAUAGCCAAAGCGUGUUGGUUCUGGUGCUGACUUAAGUGCAACACACCGCUCUGUCGCCUAGCAGCCUUUAAACACCGUUUAAAAACACAGUUAUUCAGGUGCUUACAUAAAGUGCUAUCACAAAACACACUGUUCAGUACCUUAACUAUCAAAACCACCGUUCACUCGCAGUGCAGACACAUGAAAUGUAGCAUAUUAGUAUGUCACCGGUGAGUUUGGCUAUCAGACGGCUCCCCUAAGUGGUUGAUUGGCUUUGAUUAAAUCCGCUCAGAUAUUCAAGUCUAAGAGAGCUCACUGCUGGGCAAUCACACUUGUUUUUUAUAUACUGUAUAUGUGCCUGCACGUGGGUUUGUUUGAACAUUCAUGUAUAUUUUGAGUUCUGGAGGGUGAGGGUAAUCGGUGUGUGUGUGUGUUUUCUCAGGUUUCUGGCCCUGAUUGGGGCCCAAUGCUACCUACCUCUAUCCGUCAGGCCUGGAAACCCUUAACUACGGUACCUUUCCUCACAGAAACAAGUUUGGUUUGAUUUACAGCUUUGUCCGUAACGGUCCAUUCAAUAUCUCCGCCUUCUCUUUAAUGUCAGAUAAUAAGCUGAUCUCUCAAAAUGUUUGAUUUAACUUCCAUGUACAUAGGCCAUUAAUCCAGAGUAUAUUAUUUUCGGUGAAAUAAAGUACAUUUUAAAUGUUUAUUAGUUGGUGUAUCUCUAUUGGUGGGAAUUAUUGUAAGCAGAUAUUCAACUGCCUUUGUCAAGGGAGUUUUUUUCAAAUGACCUUUUUGUGGUGUUGGUUUGAUUAGACAGUUUAAAUGUUUUGGUUAUAUAGUGUGGAACAAAUGGGUUUUUGUUUUGGGUUAGAAACAUUUAAAUUCAUGCUCUUACAUGUAGCAAGACAGAAACAUUCUCCACUCAAAAUGAAAUAUUGGAUUUCUGUGACUGUGUGCGUAUUUUGUCUCACAGGUGCUUAUGUGAAUAAUUUUUACUCCAAUUUUCAGAGGUCUCAAACCUGAACCUUGAUUCCCUCAUUUUAAAAUUGAACACCUUAAAACCCGUCUAUGCAUUUAGGAAUUUCCAUCACUGAAUGUAUUCCUGUUAAUUACAGAACAAACAGCUGACAUGUUUUUUAGUUGCUUUUCUUCUAUUGGUUUGUUUCACUCGGGGUCACAGCAGAGUUGCAUGUAUAGAAAUCUGAUAAAAGGCUUAUAAUCUCAACAUCUCAUCGGACUUUUAAAAUUCAUCACAGCUUGCUUUUCAGCAAAUAGUUUAGAACCAAAUAUUUCGCAGGCUGGCUCUCAAUCUAAUUCCAAGCUAGCACUUUAAAAAUCUGUAGCAUGUCAGCAGCUGUUUGGCUCUGCAGGUGUGUAUAAUAAGUGUGUGUGUGUGCAAUAUUAUUAAACAGGCUGUAGAAAAGAGUUUAGACAGACAUAAGCCUAUCAAGACAAUUUGCACUGUAAUUAGUUUCUUUACUUUGUGGUUUUAAAUGGGCUUUUCCUUGAUACAAACACUACUUGACUUGUAAAUGUGUUUUUUUUUUUUCUUCUUGGUAACACUCAAAUUUUUGGAUCUCUAAAUUAGUGACAGUGCGUUUGUCCCUAUGUGUUUCCUCCAGAGGAUUUGGAUGUGGUGUGUAAGUGGUGGGUUUCUGUAUGUGGUAUGUAAAGAUGUGGAAAUAUUGUUCUUUGCUCCGAUUCCUGGAAACACUUUUUAAUUUGCUGUGUGGGGAUUACAUCAAAUAAAACUAGUGUGUUUUCAAAUCUA